CUCUUCUCCUCGGAUAAUAGCUGUGCAGUUUUACCGAAAAAUAGUACCCUCUCUCAGGAACCGCCCACCCUCCGCGCUCCUCCCUCCACCACGAAAUUACCACCCCUUGAUCAACCGACCUGCCCACCAUUAGUUGAGAUCAUCAGACAUUCUUAUAAUUUCCCCUUCAUCGUCAUCUUCUCCGAGUAAUCAGAAAAAAAAAAUCAAAAAAUCAAAAUUCAUUCAUGGAGCAGCUCCAGCAGGAGGAAGAGCUAGAAUCGCUUUCCCUCUGGUCAAUAGUCCACCACUCCGUCCAAAUCCCCUCCUCCGCCCCCCAAACCUUCGCCCUCCUAACCCUAACCCUCGUCUUCCCCCUCUCCUUCGCCGUCCUCGCCCACUCCCUCCUCACCCACCCCCUCCUCCUCCGCCUGGACCCCACCUCCCCCUCCGCCGUUGAUUGUUGUUUGGGGGCCGGAGGAGGGGGCGUUUGUGGUGGGGACGGGGGCGAAGGUUGUGUUCGGUGGGGCCCUGGUGGCGAUGCUGGUGGUGGUGAAUCUAGCAGGGCUCUUGGUGCAGAACUGACCAGAAAUCCCACCGCUUCCCUAGCUCAAUUCUCAUUCCCCAUCUUCGCUUCAUUUCUUCGAAGUGAAAGAACCCAAGAACCCAAAUCUGUUGCAAUGGAUCCCCAAGUAGUAAAGAACCGAACCAUUUUCUUCUUAUCUGCACUCAGGGAAUCCAUCUUCAUCCUUCGCUCAUCUCCUUACACCUUGAUCCUCAUCGCCCUCACCUUCAUCUUCCCCCUCUCCUUUGCCAUCCUUGCCAAUACCCUUGUGUCACACCCACCCUUCAUCCACCUCCAACUUUUCUCCACUUUCUCCCAGUUGCUUACUUUCCUUCUACAUCAAUUUUCCUACCUCAUGCUUCUCUUCUCCUUCUCUCUCUUUGUCGCUGCUGUUGUCUGCACUGUGUCCUCGGUCUACACUUCGAAAUCCAUCACCUUUAUGUCCAUCCUUUCUUCCAUCCCUUUUCUCAUUCCCCGCCUCCAUAAAACUUUAGUCUGUGUCUCUGCCGUCAUGCUUUUAUACUACGCAACUUUUUUUCUGUCCAUCCUCGCACUCCUGAAGCUCCCACCUAGCCUUUAUUCCCACCUCUUUGUCUUUACCCUCCUCAUUACUUCUCUUCUCUUCAUCUUUGUCUAUAGCAUGAUCUCGGUUAUGUGGCACCUUACCAGUGUUGUGUCGAUCCUCGAAUCCGUUUGUGCUAUUCCUGGGAUGAAAAAGAGCCAUGAAUUGCUUCGUGGGCUGAUGGAAAUAGCAUCAGAUUUUAUUGUUGUAUAUCUUGUUGCUUGUGUAGCUAUUGUGGAGGCUUUUAAAGCGGUGGCUAUUAAAGGGCCUGAGGAUGUAGGGGCCUUAGAAAUUGGGCCAGGACCAAAGCUUUUGAUUGCUGUGGCCCUUGUGGGGAUUCCAAUGGUGACAAAUAUUGGUGGUUUCCUAGUUCAGAGCAUAUUUUAUUAUGCUUGCAAGACUUAUUAUCCUAUGGGGAUUGACAUGGUUGUCUCAGAUGAUAACUUGGACAAGUAUCUAGGGGAUGAUAUACCGCUUAAGAGCUCAGUAGACAUAGACACCCUUUGUGUUUAAGGCUUUUUAUCUGUUUCCGUAGUAAGUAUGUUGUCUAUAUAAGAAAUAAUGAGGAUGAGUGAAAUGAGCAAAUAAAGGUUCGGGUUCUAUAUUAAUUAGUUGUGAAGAAAUGUACAAUGUACGUUGUGGCUGAUGUGGGUUAAAUUGUUGUUUUCUUAACUAUGUUCCAUAUGUGUCAUAUUAUUCCAUAUUUUUUGUGGGUUGUUCACUGGUAUUUGUUACCUCUUUUACUCGGAUGAGUUAUUGACUUGUUGCCUUGAGCGCAAACCAAUUUUUAGAAUGAUAAAUAACCAUAGACUAUUAGCCAUAAAGAGUUGUGCCCCUUAUUGUUUCUUACUGUGGCUGUCUACUGAAUCUGAACUUCGAAAAAGCCCUUGUUCUCUUUCUAUCAAUUCUGAAAACAUGAUACUUCCUUAACAGUUUUAAUUUGAAACACACUUGUAGAUUGAGAUGUUGCUUGGAAGAUAAACAGGUUUCAAAGUAGGAGUUUCUGUACAUAUGUAUAUUCCUUAUACAUCCAGACUAGAAUUCUUAUCAUCCUCAAGGGGGCUAUCGUAGUAUAC